AGUUGAAUGGAGAAAAAGUUUCAAUGUGAUCCAGUUAAGUGCUUGAAGCUUAUGGAAAAACUUUAUCAAGAAUGAAAAAUGUUUACUUAUUGCUUCGAAAAUGAUCAAAACUCAACUAAAAACAAUGAUUAUUUCAAUAAGAAUGCAAAACUAGAAGAAAAGCAGAGAAAAAAAGUUUUCAAAUGUUGAACUGUAUAGAUAUGCAUGAAAUAUCAAAAGUAUAAUAGAGUGAAACGGCAAAGUGUCCAAGUGAUUACUGUGUCAAUGUUGAAACUAAAGACUAACGCUUGCCGGCAAAAGUUAAAUUGGUCCAACAUCGAGUUGAGCAGAAAAUAAAAAGUUUGUUCAACAAUCAACUGAAGACAAAAAUGGAUAGUGUAAAGUUUAUUGUGUAUUUAGCAUUGCGAUCAACUUUGAUAGCAACUUGCUUAGCAUUUGAUCAAUCGAAUCGUAAUCACGGCAAUUGGAUAUCAAAUUUUCAAGAGUCAACUGGUCCCAUGGCUCCACGUAUCACUUACAACAGCAACUCAUUGGUGACUGUGCGCCAAGCAACCCGCGCUAAACUGUGUUGUGUUGCUCAAGCCUAUCCCAUCCCUCAGUUCAGUUGGUUCAAGGAAGAUUCCAAUGGAAUUAAUAAUCCAAUUCAAUCAACUGAUGAAAUUGAAAUCAAAGAUGGAUGCCUUAUCAUUUAUUCAACCUCCCUUGUUGACCAUGGUCGGUACACUUGUAUAGUCUCUAAUGUUGCUGGCAGUGAAAAGGCAACAAUCACAUUGAAUGUUGAAGUUCCCCUGACGGUAACUGUAACACCUUCCUCGGUCACAACAGACCUGGGUAAAUCAGUGGCCUUUGUUUGCUCGGUAACCUCAUCUCGACCCGAGACUCGAAUAAUGUGGCUUAAAGAUGGUCGAUCAUUGAGCCUUGAAAAUUCACCCGGUGAGAUUCACUUUUACAAUCGCUCAUUAAAAAUAUCGACUCUCAAUGUUGCCUCAGUGGUUCGUGACUCUGCCGGAACCUAUCAAUGUUUUGCCUCCAAUGACUAUGAGUCGUCAAGCAGUUCGUCAACCCUCAAGUUGGGAGACAUUUCACCCAUCAUAGUGCAACCUUUACCGUCUGAAAUAGUCUCUCAACCAGGAUCAACAGUAUCACUUAAAUGCAUCACAACUGGUAGUCCAUUGCCGGAAGUUACUUGGUCUCUUGAUGAGGUUGAAUUAAUGGCCAGCUCAUCUUCAUCAGGAAAAAAGGUUAAACCAUCAUCAUCAUCAUCAUCAUCUUCUUCUUCUUCCGUUUUAUCAUCUUUACCAUCAAACAAUGAUAACCUUCGAUACUCAAUUGGAGAUUAUGUAUCAAAUGAUGGAGUGUUGUAUAGCUAUCUUAAUGUUACCUCACUUGAAGUUAUUGAUGGAGGUCAAUAUAAAUGUAAGGCAGUCAAUGAUAUUGGUUCAGCUGUUUCCUCGACAACUUUAUACAUCCCAGGUUCACCCACUCCAAGGUAUAAAUCAACUGUUAAUCUAACCCUAGUUGCUGGUCGUGAUGCUCUUAUCCGGUGCCCAGUCAUUGGUUAUCCAAUUGAUUUUGUUAGAUGGCAACACCGAGAACAAAGUUUACCCAUAAAUCACCGGCAAAAGAUUGAAAGACUUUCAACUAAAGAUUAUCGAAGUGCUCUUCUUAUUCAAAAUGCUCAAAAAUAUCACGAUGAAGGUGAAUACACUUGUCUUACCAAAGGAAAUGACAACAAAAUUGUUAAAGGGAAAAUCCAUUUAACUAUCAAAGUGGCUCCUCUUAUAGACAGUCAACCCUUACCUGGAACCAUUUACGCCAAUGAGGGUAUUCGGGUUAAACUUGUUUGCUCUAUAAUCGAAGGUGAUCAACCGGUCGAGAUAAGAUGGUUAAAGAGUGGUCAACCCUUGAGACCCUUGUCAAACAUACUUUUACAAAGUUCAGAUGAUUAUUCAUUGUUGACAUUCAAAAAGAUUACCUUUGAGGAUAGAGGUAAUUAUACCUGUUUAGCGAGUAAUUCAAUUGAUUCAUCAACCCGGACAACCUCGCUAAUUGUAAAUGUACCUCCAAAAUGGAUUAUUGAACCAUCCAAUGAGACAACCGUUGUCUCUGGUCAUCGACUAAUCAUCAAUUGUUCCUCCCAUGGGUUUCCUCCUCCUCGAAUUAGUUGGAAAAGAUCCAUUUCCAUUUCAAUCAAUGGGAACACUAAUAGACAAAAUGCUGCCAAUAAUAACAAUACCAUUGGCAGUACAGAUUUGAUUCAUCAUUACAAUCAUUAUCAUCAAUAUAGCAAUAAUAAUAAUGUUAAAACUAUUUAUAAUAUUUCUAAUUCCAAUAAUUAUCAUGUUGUGGACAAAAAAACUGGCAACGAUACUUUGCACAAUGGUAAUGAUGGCAAGGUGAAUAAUGGUGAUACCAAUAGUAAUAACAAUAGUGAUAAUGGUCAUGAUAAAAGUAAUGGUAAUAGGAAGACAAUUGUCACCUCAAUUAGUGAAUCUCAUCCAUUUGAUUUUAAAGACAUUUUCUCGUCUUAUCGUCAUCACGUUUACUCCAAUGGUACUCUGGUUAUCCAAGAGGUUGACAAGUUUGACGCUGGUUUCUACAUGUGCCAGGUAAACAACGACAUUGGCGCUGGUCUCAGUAAAGUUGUCAAACUCAAAGUACUGAUGCCUCCUCAUUUUGAAACUAAAUUCAUCAGCACGGCCAGUAAAAAGGAUGACAAAACUAUACUAAAAUGUGAAGCUUCCGGUGACUUGCCAAUGACUAUUGUUUGGCAAAAGGAUAAGCAACCAAUCAACUUCAAUUUGGAAAAGCGUUUCACUUUGAUUGAGAAAACGGUUGAAUCCAGGGAAGGUGUUUUAUCGUUGAUGGAAAUUCAUCCCACAACUCGACAAGAUUCAGCCUUGUUUACGUGUCAAGCAACAAACAGCCUUGGAACUGAUGAUACAAAUAUCCAGCUAAUAGUUAUGGAAAAACCAGAGAUGCCAAUGAUUUUAUCCGUUUCGGAUGAAACGAGUCGAAGUGCUUUAGUUCGUUGGAAAGGAUCAUUCAGUGGAAACAGCCCAAUAUUGAAUUAUAUUGUUGAAUAUAAAGUUGAUGGAUCGGAAAAGGAUUGGAUCGAAGUGAAAACAAUCAAACCAGAUGUUGAACUACUCUUGACUGGCCUGACUCCGGUAACCCUGUAUAAAGUUAGAGUCAGAGCAGUCAAUGCCAUGGGUGUGAGUGAGCCUAGUCCAGUUGCUGGCUUCAAGACUGGUGAAGAGGUUCCAGGCGGACCUCCACGUAAUGUUCAGCUCGAAGCGUCUGGAGCCCAGUCACUUAAGGUUAAGUGGUUUCCACCCAAGAAGGAGCUUCUCUUCGGGAGGAUAAAGGGCUAUUACAUUGGCUACCGGAUUGUCGAUACAUCGGAUUCAUACAACUACAAGAAUGUUGAGAUUGAUGGUGAAAUUGUGUCCAACAACGGGAUUGAUGGAAAAGUAGGAAGAAGUACCGAUACUGAUGUAAACAGCGACUCUUCAGAGUUGAGUACUUACAUCACUAAUCUCAAAAGACGAACUACUUAUGAGGUGAUUGUUCAGGCAUACAAUUCAGUUGGAACGGGUCCACGUUCAGAUGAAGUGCGAAUGACUACUCUUCAAAAUUCGCCGCCCACUACGCCAUACUUGAAGUUUCUAAGCUCAACUUUUGAUUCGAUAACAAUUGGUUGGACAAUGGAUGAUAUUAACGUUGACCCAAUGAAACGUGAUUUCGUUCUUUAUUAUAAACCUGAAAAUAGUCAUGAUUACAUGAAAAAAGAGAUUAAACAACUUACAGUUAGUGAAUAUACAAUUACAGGUUGUAAAUGUGGCACCAAGUAUGCCAUUUAUUUAAUAGCCAAAAACAGCCUCGGCAUUGGUGAACCGUCAAAGACAAUAACAGUUAGAACCAAAGGUGGAGCUCCAGUUUCACCAACUUCAAUCAGACAUUUCACUCUGAUCAACUCGAUAUGGGUACAGAUAAAUUUAGGUAAAUGGCUCGACUCUGGUUGUCCAAUUACGAAGUUUAUCAUUAAAUACAAAGCAUUGGCCAAUAAGCAAUGGAUCUAUUUGAAUAAAUCGACUCCACUUGGAACCAAAGUUGUCACACUAAACAGUCUAUUCCCUGGUAAACAGUACAACCUCUCCAUAUCGGCCUCAUCUGAUGCUGGAACAACUGAAGCUGAAUAUACCUUUUCCACUCUCAAUUAUAGCACAAGCUCGCCGAAUUCAUCUGGAGGUCCAAUCAAGAAUGAUGUUCUUUCCCAAGCCUCAACCUCAUCCACUGUAAUUUUCAAACAAUACGUAACUAUCUUGUUACCCGUCAUCAUAUCAAUUUUCAUGUUGCUCACUUUACUGUCAAUAAUAUUAUUUUGUUUAAGACAUCAAAACUUUUUCGACGGCAAUACAACCAUUAUGGAACAGUCCAAUUUCGAUAGGAUUAGCUGUGCUUCUGCGGGUGGCUUCAAUAAAUCUUGUGGUGAUUUAAAUAGCGUUGAAGGUGUUCCAAUGAGCAAUUAUUCUUCUAUAACUAAAUUUAAAUCAGUCGAUGAGCCAAAUCAAUCAGGCUCCAUUUCAUAUUAUUCAUCACCUAAUCGUAAAGCGCCACUCAUAAAUUCUGGGCAAACGUCGAUCCCAAUCAAAAUGAAGAGUCUCGGUGGGGUCAACAAUGUCAAUGAUUGUCUUAAUAUGAAUACAGCAACUUCCAACAAUGGACAUUCUGGAUCAAAUCAUGACUAUAGUGAACCUUUUGUGCAGUUCUGUGGAUCGCAGCGACUCUCUACUCCUUGCCUAUCAGACAUUUGUGAUUCGCAUUUAAACACUCUUCAUGAUGACUCUCACCUCAAGGCUCAAUAUGCCAGUAUUAAAAAGAAACAAAUGAUUCGGCCUUCAUCUCUUUUUACUCAAUAUGAAGAUAAAAUAUAAACCAUGCUCAUUUAUAGUUGAAUGACUCACAAAUCAGGGUUAAAAAAGUGUCAAAUUUUAUGUCAAUUGAUGAAAAUUGUUUGUAUUGAGGAAAUAAGUUUUGUAAAUAUUAGUAAAGAUUCUUUAUUAUUAAAUAUCUUUUACACUAUGA